UCCUUGAUCUGAAUCGUACCACACAGCCAUAGCAGGUCUCUUGCUCUUUCGUCCCUAAAAUCUCUUGGCUCAAUUUUUGUCCUCCGAAUUCGUGUGUUUCCCUUCAGAUCCGUCUUUCAGGAAAAUGUACGGAUUCGAAGCGCUUACCUUCAACAUCAAUGGAGGAUACCUGGAGGCGAUCGUGAGGGGGCACCGUGCUGGGCUGCUGACAGCCGCUGAUUAUAACAACUUGUGCCAGUGCGAGACCCUGGACGACAUCAAGAUGCACCUCACGGCCACCGAGUACGGGUCGUACCUCCAGAACGAACCUUCCCCUUUGCAUACUACAACUAUUGUAGAGAAAUGCACUCUUAAACUGGUUGAUGAGUAUAAGCACAUGCUAUGCCAAGCGACAGAGCCCUUAUCAACCUUCUUAGAGUAUAUAACAUACGGUCACAUGAUAGACAAUGUUGUCCUGAUUGUUACUGGAACCUUGCAUGAGAGAGAUGUUCAGGAGCUCUUGGAAAAAUGCCACCCGUUAGGCAUGUUUGACAGCAUUGCUACUCUGGCAGUUGCUCAGAAUAUGCGAGAGCUUUAUAGGUUGGUUCUUGUUGACACACCAUUGGCUCCAUACUUCUCCGAGUGUAUCACAUCAGAGGACUUGGAUGACAUGAACAUUGAGAUAAUGAGGAACACUCUUUACAAGGCGUACCUAGAGGAUUUUUACAGGUUUUGCCAGAAACUUGGGGGUGCGACUGGAGAGAUCAUGUCUGACCUCCUCGCCUUUGAGGCUGACAGAAGGGCUGUCAAUAUUUCCAUAAAUAGCAUUGGAACUGAGCUUACCCGAGAUGAUCGCCGGAAAUUGUACUCUAACUUUGGUUUACUUUACCCCUAUGGCCAUGAGGAACUUGCUGUCUGUGAGGACAUUGACCAGGUCCGUGCUGUCAUGGAAAAAUAUCCUCCUUAUCAGUCCAUUUUUGCUAAAUUAUCCUAUGGAGAGAGCCAGAUGCUAGACAAGGCAUUCUAUGAAGAGGAAGUGAAAAGGCUUUGCUUAGCAUUUGAGCAGCAGUUCCAUUAUGGUGUUUUCUUUGCUUACAUGAGGUUGAGGGAGCAGGAGAUAAGGAACUUGAUGUGGAUUUCUGAAUGCGUGGCUCAGAAUCAGAAGUCCAGAGUUCAUGACAGUGUUGUCUUCAUCUUUUAGUUGAAUUUUUGACUCGUAAGAAAAGUAAUCUGCUGUUUUACUU